AUGGUAAUGGAAGCGAAACGGGAGCUUGAAGGGGAAUGGAAAACGGAUAAAGAAUUAGAGACGGUCGAGAAGGGGUCAAUUGAUAAGGACGGCAGCGGUAACGGUGACGGCAACCUCGAUGCGAUGGGAGAGAGUCCACAUCAGGUCGAGCCUGAAAAGGAAAAACAGACCGUCCAGCCCAACGAAUCGUCCACUGUGGCAUCCUCGACUGCCAAUAGUGUAGAGAAACCAGAGUUCCCGGAAGACCAUGGUCCUGUUACUGAAGGAGAAGCCGUAGAUGACCCGCAAGAACCUAUUAGACACCUGAGGGGUGCCGAAGCCUUCGUCGUCAUACUUGCGCUCGUGCUCUGUAUAGGCCUCAUGUCUCUGGAUCAGACCAUUGUUGCAACCGCUAUUCCGAAAAUUACCGACCAGUUCCACAAAAUUAACGAUAUCGCGUGCGCUGUCGCCAGAAACUCAAUGACUGUGAUUGUUGGACGUACUAUCACCGGUCUCGGUGCCUCGAGUAUCGCGCCUGGACUAUACACGAUUGCUGCCUUUGCUGCUGAGUCGAGGAAGAGAGCUACCUGGAUGGGGACCAUUGGUGCGGCAUAUGGCGUCGCUGCUGUCUUUGGACCACUUAUUGGUGGAGGGUUUGCGGAUGGGGUGUCCUGGAGGUGGUGCUUCUAUAUCAAUCUUCCGAUCGGCGGCUUGGCCGCUGUUGUCAUUCUGAUCACCUUCCCCGGGGACGGUGCUUAUAUUGGCUGCAUCCAUCGCCUUGCUUCUAGCUCUUCAGUACGGUGGUGUAACCCAUCCGUGGGAUACCAGUGGGGUUAUCGGUUUACUCGUCGGUUCGUUGUUAUGGUUCUAGCACUUAUAAUGAUAGAAAUUUGGCAAGGCGAACGCGCCAUGCUGAUACCACGCGUUAUGCGCAAGAGGACUGUCUGGGUCAACGGCGUAUGGGGCUUCUUCUUCUUCGCUGGCUCGUAUUUCGUCACGCUCUAUUAUCUGCCUAUCUAUUUUCAAAGCAUCGACAACAGCAGUCCGAUUGGCUCGGGUGUGCGCAACAUCCCUCUCAUUAUCAUCUUUAGCCUUACCACCCUUGUCACAGGCAGAGUCAUCACGAAGACGAGUAUUGCAUCUCCGUUUUUGACAGCUGGCUCUGUGGUCGUAAUCAUUGCCGAAGGUCUACUGUAUACUCUCGACGUUGAGACUUCGACAGGCAAAUGGGUUUGGUAUCAGAUCUCAGCGGGCUUCGGAUACGGCCUCGCCCUCCAAGUCCCGAUCGGCAUUGCGCAAGCUUAUGCAGAGCCAAGCGACAUAGCUCCUACGACCGCGAUUCAGAUAUCCGCGCAAUCCAGCUUCGCCAACCAGCUCGCGCACAAGCUUGCCAACACCGCACCGAGCGUCAGUCUCACCCUCGUCACGGCUACCGAUGUUACUGAGCUGCGCCAGGCAUUAUUCGGAGCUGAGCUGGAUGGUGUUGUUCGUGCGUACGCAUGGGGUAUUAAAGUCGCUUUCGCAAUUACUAUCACGACCUGCGGCGUCAACUCUCUUUGUCAGCUUGUGCAAUAA